AGUCAGAAUCGAACAUUAACGAACUUAUCAGAUCUUAAGACAGAUUUCAGUCUCUCUCUUGCUUGUCUAACUGCGUAGCACCGUCUUUGCACUUGCCCAAUUCUCUCAAUUUCUUUCUUGAUUGGAUCCCGCAAGCUAACCCUAACAUCGCCACUACCUUCUCUGUCCAGUUAGAUUCUGUGUGUAGCUUCUGAUUCCGUUUGCUAAUCCGCGCCUUCAAUCCAAUCCAAUCCAAUCUCCAAAUCAAGAUCUGAAUUCCGUCAAAUGAUCGCGGUUUCUGUGAAGCCAUUGUUCAUUACCAUCUUCACUCUCUCCCUCGUCGCCGCCAUCGUUUUGCUCUCUCCUUCCCCUACAUUCCCCGCGAAUCCAUUUUCCACCGACUCCUCAACGGUGAGAUUGGAGAUAUGGGGUGUCCAGAGACUUGUGGAAUGGAGGCCUUGCAAGUGGUGGAUUCAGGGUCACCUUAAUGACGACUGCAUUGGUUUUUUUUUUUUUUUUUGUUGAAAUCCUGCAGCUCCACCAACUGAGAAUAAUGGAUACAUUCAAGUGGAUUGCUAUGGUGGUCUCAAUCAGAUGAGAAGAGAUUUCUGUAAUGGAGUUGGCAUUGCCCGCUUGUUAAAUGCAACUCUUGUUUUGCCAAAGUUUGAGGCAGCUGCAUAUUGGAAUGAGUCAAGUGGUUUUGCAGAUGUAUUUGAUGUUGAUUACUUCAUUCAGCAAAUGACUAGUUUUGCUAAAAUUGUCAAAGAAUUGCCACCCGAACUAGCUUCAAAAGAGCCAUUUCCUGUUGAUUGUAGCAAACGCAAAGGCCAAUUUGAUUACAUAGAGAGUGUGCUUCCACCUCUACUGGAACACCGUUUUAUAUCAAUUACACCAGCUAUGAGCCAAAGGAGGGACAGGUAUCCUCUAUAUGCUAAAGCUGCAUUAUGCCAAGCUUGUUAUAGUGCAUUACGCCUGGCCAGAUCAUUGGAAGACAAAGCUCAGGAACUUUUCAAAGCUAUACCAAAACCAUUCCUCUCGCUACACCUGCGCUUCGAACCCGACAUGGUAGCAUACAGCCAAUGUGAAUACUCCGGCCUCUCUUCUUCCUCCAUGGAAGCGAUUGAAGCAGUUCGAGAUGAUAGAAAACCUUGGACUGGAGAAUUGGCUAAUGUUUGGAGAAAACGAGGGAAGUGCCCUCUUACUCCUAAUGAGACAGCCUUGAUAAUGCAGGCGCUGUCCAUCCCUACAAACACGAGUAUAUAUCUCGCGGCUGGGGAUGGUCUCAUGGAACUUGACGGGCUGCGUUCUGUUUACACAAACGUAUUCACCAAAUCUGCUCUUCUUGAUGAUCAGGAUUUUACAAACAUGCACGGGAACACGAAGGCUGCCCUCGAUUACUAUGUCUCCAUUAACAGUGAUUCGUAUGUGGCCACAUAUUUUGGGAAUAUGGAUAAGAUGGUUGCUGCGAUGCGAGCAUAUAAAGGGUUGUAUAAAACUCUGUUUUUAAGCCGUAAGGCCUUUUCUGAACUGACCUUUCGGGGACUGAAAGGGAAUGAGUUGAUGGAAGCCUUGUGGUCGGCUCAUAAAGAAGACUUUGUGAUUGGAAGAGGGUCUGCCUUGCCUGACUGCUUUUGCGAAUCUAAAUUGUGAUUAAUCUUGAUUGAUGAUUUUAGUCCUUCAUUCUGUUUCAUUAUGCUUGCUGAUGUUCAUAUAGACAAGACAAGAUACUUGGGUUUACUGGUGGAUUGUACGAUGAUUAAUGGGAUCAGAAAAGGAUCACUAUCCAGGGAAUUUUGUACUCACUGUACUUCAUUUACUUUUAACAUGUAACUGCAAACUGUUUCAUAUUACAGCGGAAUUGUCGACUUUCUGAACAUUUGUUCUAUCAUCUAUUCAGAAACUUCUUGCGUUUUACUGAAAGAGUAUACUUGUGCUCGAUAAAUUGCAUCCAGGAGUAAUUUCUGGUGCAAUUCGAAGUGAAACUGGAAACUUGUACAAUCCACAAGUAUUACAUUACAAUUGCUCACAGAGCAUACCCCUGAACUAUUUAACAAAAACGGUUCAUCUUUUCCAGUUGGCUAAUGGAGAGAAAUGAAUCCAUCAAUUACGCCAUUCCGUUUGCCCAGGGAUUCAGCUGUUGUUGGUUAUCGCUCUUGUGCAGCACCAUGGUUGAGACUUAGGCCAUUUGAUGUAGUUACUCUGGACGAAGUUGUGCCGCCAUGGCUGAAAUAAUAAAGGAAAACAAAAACAGGAGCGCCUUUUUUUCUCUCCCGGGGAGAUCUUUACUUCAAUUUCAGCUGCAAUACCUUACAAGAGAAUCCUUUGUCUGCUUAUGAGUUUCGUUACUUGUGAAUUUCUUUGGUGGGAAAAUCAAAGUCCAGCACCACUUGCUAGAGGUGACCCAGCACGACCAAGCACAUAAGCUGGAUAGAGUUAAUUUACAAGCACAGAAGUAUAUGCCACGGAUUCCUCAAUGAAACUCAGCUAGUGCACAAGUUGGAGGUAUGGGAUGAAGAUAUCUGGAGUUUUGAUCCCUUCAAGUGUGGCCCAGAUUGUUAGCGCAGCUUCUGGUUGUCGGGACAAAAUCUUGUAUCUCGGCGAGACCUAACCCUGUGAAUAUAGAGCUGGAUCUUCUUCCAAGGAAUUGUACAAAAUAUGCAAAGCGUCUGCCAUGAAUCCUGUUGGUAGGAAUCGGUUCAGUUUCUGAGAGUACAUGAUGGCUGUUCGUACUUCCUUUUCACUUAUACUGAAAGGUAUUGAUGUCUUCCACUCUGGUAAUCUUCUUUCCAAGGAAAGUCCAUGUAGCAUGGCAAUGAAAGAGACAGGAUCUGGAACAAACCCCUUAAUCCUCAUCCUGUCACACAGGUAUAUUGCAGUAUCAACCAUUCUGUAUCGGCAGAGACAGAAUAUGACAGAGCUAUAAGCAGCAGCUCUGGGCUCCCAUCCAUCCGAUAUCAUGCACCCAAAAACCUGCUGACAGAGAGGGCUUUCUUCACCAACUGGUAACUGGCAUUCCCCAGCUCUUAAUGCGGCCACAUUAUGUGAUAACCCAUUUACCAGAUAAUUGAAAGUAAAAUCAUUCGGGACACACUUAUGAAACAACAUUCGAUCAAAAUACAAGCAAGCUUUUCUGAGCUUACCGUCCUUAAAGAAGGAUCCGAUGAGUGUGGUGUAAGUAACUACAUUUGGCUCUAAGCCACAUGAUUCCAUCUCAGCGAAAGUUGUUUCAGCUGUAUCGGACUCUCCACUUCUGCAAAAACCGUUUAUUAGAGAAGUGUAUGUGACAACAUUUGGUUUGCAUCUCCUUUUCAACAUCUGGCCAAAGAUCCUGAGUGCACCAUGCAAGUCAUUCUGCUUUAUGUACCCAUCUAUGAUGGUUGAGUACGUGAAUUGAUCUGGAGUAUGAUCACCUCUCAUCAUUUUUUUAAGAAACAACAUUGCAUCAUUCAUCAAUCCAAAUUUGCAAUAACCCUUAACCAUAGCAUUAUACCCAACAAUGCCAGGAUCAAUACCCUUCGAAGCUGUGAGCUCGAAGAUUCUUCUGGCCUCCUCAAGUUUGCCAUUUCUAAUGAACCCAUCAACCAAAGUGGCAUUGACAAAAGCAUCAGGGGAUAAAUUUUUUUCGAGCAUCUCGGCCAGCAGAAUCUUUGCUGCAGGAAGCCUUCCUUUCUUGCAAAGACCACUUAGCAGAAUAUUGUAGACAGUCAUGUCAGGGACAAUUCCCUUUGCCCUCAUAGUAUCUUGAACUACCAAGGCAACAUCCACCUCCCCGGUGGAAACCAGCCCAUGAAUCAGAGCUCCGUAAGCAACCAAAUCAGGUGUAUGGCCUUUCUUUGUCAUCUCAAUCAGCAGGUCUGAAGCCUUAACAAAAUUCCCUUGUUGAGAGUAAAUAUGUACAAGAGAGGUAUACGUAGUAAGGGUUGGCUCGAGUCCUUUCUUGAUAGCUUCUUGUAGAAGUUCCUCGGCUUCUUGCAACUUCCCAUCCCUACUUGAACCACUGAUCAAACAGUUAUAAGUCACUAUGUCUGGCUCACGACCAUUGUCGAUCAUCCAACGGAUUGUCUUUGAUGCCUCAGUCUUAUGAUUAUGUUUGAUUCUGGCAUCUAGGAUAUUGUUAAGCAGCCGAACAUUAGCAUUCAAGCCCCUCUCUUUCAUUUCUACCAAUAGCUUAUCAAUUUCCUCGAAAUCUCCUUCCUUACAGAGUCCACUAAUCAGAGCUCCAUAUGUCUCCAAGGUAGGCAAAAAGCCCUUCAAUUCCAACUCUCUGAAAAGCUUAAUGGCCUUCCCACUAUCACCGUUUUUGCAGUACCCAUCAAUCAUGAUGUUAUAAAACACAAUAUGUGGGACGCAACCCUUGCCCCAGCUUUGUUCCAUCAACUUCUUAGCUUCCUCGACCUUCCCUUCCUUACACAAGCCCCUUACUAGAAUACCAACACUAUAGUUGUCCACAAAAUCAUCUCUCUGAACCAUGUCAUGAUAAAUUCGACGUGCAAUGUCGAGCUUAUGACUUUUCACUAAUGCAUUUAGCAAUGAAUUGCAAGCAAUAACAUCAGGGAAAGAAUUAUAAACACCUGAUGCAGCAUUGUAAUGUACAAGAGCCCUAUCGACCAGCCCAGCCUCCGCAUAUGCUUGUAUAGCAACACUCAAUGCUUCACGGGUAGGGGUCAAGCCUUUACAUUUCAUAGUCUCCAACAAACUCUCCACCUCGUCAAACAACCGAAACCGUGAUAGUAGUUUCAGAAGCGAAGAACAAGCGGACCCAUUAAAAGUAAAGCCACCACAAUCCGACUUCGCCGAUGCCCAAUCAAAGAACUUCAAACCCAAGUCUGGUUCACGAAUUUUAUCGAACACGAAGUGUGCUACCUCCGAAACUUCGGUUUCCGUCGACACGAAGAGGGAAUCAAGGGACUCCUCCCAUCGUUGCUCUGUUUUGAGGAUUCGCAGCACAUCGUAGACUAGGAUUCUGAAGUUGCUCGUCAAUGGAAGCGGAGAAGAAGAUCGCUGAAUGGGUUUCGGGUGGUGAAGCGGUCUAAUGUGAGAGAGCAGGGUUUUAGACAUAGGGAAAAACAGCCAGCGAGCUCGAGCACCUUCAGUUCGCUAUACAGCUGCGGCUUCCAAAUCCCUCAUAAGUUCCAAGAAAGAACACAAAGCUCCAGCCUCCACCACACUGAUUGGAAUGAAACUGGCGCCAAAAAAGACGAAACCUUUCCGGAAGGAAGAAGCGGCAGAAGAACGUUUGUGGUACUUCGAGUACCCACGCGGUCGCAUACC